AUGGCUCUCUCCUCCGCUUCUGGCUCUUUGCUGCGCGCUUGCGCUCGCCAGCAACUGUCCACGACUUCCCGCGCCGUCGUCGCCUCCCAGCAACGAAGCGGCUCGACUUUCGACAGCCCGUUCACCCAGAAGGACACCACCAAGAUCCCUGAUUUCAGCAAAUACUCCUCCAAGAGGGCUCCUCGAUCCAACCAGGUUUUCUCCUACUUCGUCGCUGGUACAAUGGGUCUGGCCUCUGCUGUCGGUGCCAAGGCUACUGUCCAGGACUUCCUUGUGAACAUGUCCGCCUCUGCCGAUGUCCUUGCUCAGGCUAAGGUUGAAAUUGGUCUUGGUACAAUUCCUGAGGGCAAGAACGUCAUCAUCAAGUGGCGUGGCAAGCCCGUUUUCAUCCGUCACCGUACCCAGGAUGAGAUUAAGGAGGCUCAGGACUACGACUGGAAGGGUCUCCGUGACCCCCAAGCUGACGAGGAGCGUGUGCAGAAGUCCGAAUGGCUUGUCAUGCUUGGUGUCUGCACUCACCUUGGCUGUGUCCCCAUCGGUGAGUCUGGUGACUAUGGUGGUUGGUUCUGCCCUUGCCACGGUUCGCACUACGAUAUCUCCGGCCGUAUCAGGAAGGGUCCGGCCCCUCUGAACCUCGAGGUUCCGCAAUAUAACUUCCCCGACGAGGAGACGCUUAUCAUCGGCUAA